UUUUAAAGCCAUUUUAGAACUUAAUAAUUUUGAAUCAUCUGAAAUUGUUGAGAAAUUUAUUGUAAAUAUUAGUUUUGAAAUAAUCAAUGACAGUCUUGUAAAUAUAAGAUGAGUUCUGGUCCAUAUGACAGCCUUUGGCUCAACUCUGGUUAUCAUCAAACAUUGCUUCCUGGUUCACCUUGGCAUAAGAUUGAGAACUUGAUCAAUACUGAACUUGCUAAUGAAGUACAACAACUUCCUCCUAAUUCAGAAGUACAGUUGAAUGCCAUACAUCUGCUUGGCCCARGUUUUGUUAAUGAAUUCCUAGUAAACCAGAAAAUCCAUCCAACAAAGUUCCUAACUAAGGAUAGUAWAGAGUACAUCCAAGCCAGAGAAUGGCUUCAAGAGAAAAUGGAAAGGAUUGUUAAAAAUUUAAGACUUCAGAGAAUUGAUGGCAAUGAUGUUGAUGAUUCAGAAUUAGCACCAGAUAUGAUGGAAUACAAAAACUUUGUACAUCAAGUUGUUUAUAAAGGGAUUGAUAGAGAAUUGUCCUUGGCAGAAAACAAGCAAAGUAACUUGCAUUUUCAGCCAUUUGCUGCAGGCUGUCUCAUAUCAGGACUUCAUAGUGAAACCCUUGGUGAUGCAGUGUCCAGUCUCCUGAUGAAGCAUCCUUCACAACUAAAAAGAAUAUCACACCAACUCACUGGAAGACAGCUGCCAAACACACUACGACAACUUCUAUGGAAAAUCAAGAUAUUUCAAACACAAGAACACCACCUCUCAGAUCUUGAAACUUACAUUAGCAAUGUCAAGCAGGAGUUUAUAACAGCUGUAAUUUGGGGACAAAAAGAAUUAGGAUUGAAUGAACCAGUGUCAUCUUCUGUAGAUGGCGUAAUCAAGCAUGCUGUGAGGGAGAUAUACAAUGUUGUACCUUGUAUUCAAGAUGGCAACAUGAGACGUGUGUGUGUUGGCAUGGCUGUAGAAGCAUUAAAUAUUCUGUACGUCCACAGCAGGAUGUAUGAACCUCAUUAUGCAUUGAUUUUAUUGCCGCUGAUAUGGACUUAUGUUGGGUAUAACCCUAAUAAAGAGUUUACAAGCAUGGAAUUAUCACAGAUGUUGUUUUAUUUCCUUCAAAACUGCUUUCCUACACGCUUACAGACAUUUACUAUUGCUGAGAGUGUGUCAAACAGACUUGAAGAAAAUGACCCCGUGCUCUUUGAACACAUCAAGAAUGCAAUGCAGAGAAAUGUUGCUUUUGAUCCAAGGGAAUUCCUUGUAAAUUUUAUACACCAGGAGAAAGAAAAGGCAGCUACAAUGAGUCCACAAGACAAGUCAACUCCUAUGAGGGAAUCAAGUGGUACUGAUGACGAUUCUAGGUCAUUGCUUUCUCAUCCCAUUAUAUUCAUGAGAAAAUGGAUAGGAGAGGGCUUUGUUGGUGUUCUUGAUUUCCCUGGUAUUUUGUUUGUGUGGGACCAAUGUUUUCUUAGUGACUGGCAGCCCUUUAUCUUAGAAAACAUUUGCAUAGUUCUGGUGGAAUUGUUACGGAACAAACUGUUGCAAGCUAAUGAUUACAACUCUGURAAGACUAUCCUGUUGAACCAUGUGUAUAGCUUGCAUACCUUUGAUAUCCAACAAGGAUUGGUUUAUUUAAACAAUGGUGGCUCAUUAUUGGAUGUUAGUAGUGCAAGGCAAGCGAGUGCUGCUCCCACUCAGAUUGACAACACAACAAGUUUAGCCAAUUCAGUCCAGGAAAAUAACACACCUAGUCCUGAAUAUGAACGUAAUGAUGAAGAUGAAGAUGAAGACGUGCAGCUUGGUGACUUGUGGGUAGAGAACAAGCAGCAAAGUCAACUUCAGAAACUCACAAAUACAGAAUCUUUUCAUGUUUAUAUUGACCAAGUGAGGUUUAUUCCUGAUAAUGCCACUGUAAUAAAGGUGACUGGUAGGAUACUUAACCAUUUAUGGAAGAAGCCUUCAGUGCUAGAUAUUUCUGAUGUUGAAGCAUAUUCCAUCCUAGAUUCCCCAGCUCGUUGUCCCCAGUUUCAUUACAGAUAUCCAGUUCAUCCAAAAGAAGGCCUUUCACAUGACAGUGUCUUGCUACUUAGGGUGUAUACUUUAGAUGUAGACUCUGGCGAGUUGGUUGUCAUAGGAAACUGUGCUUUGGAUCUUUAUAAAGAAGAGGAACCAGACAAGUAUAUUUUGAACACUGGUGGACAUCAGAUGAGAAUCAAGCAUGAGUUGCCAUCUACUGUGUCGAAACUGAGUGAGGAGUUGUUUAAGGAAUURACAAAUAUCCCUGUCAUCUCGCUUCUUAUCAGGAUUAUGGCCUAUGAUGAGGAUUUUGUAGAGUCUCCUGGAUAUUCCAGUGGAUUUUAUAACAGUACCACCUGUGUUCCUGAUGAAACAGAAAGAAUAUUGUACAACCACUACAUACAGCUUCAGCCAUACCCACCAACAGUGAUUGAAGCCAUCAGAGAUAUCAGAGAAGAAGAACUUAACAUUGAAGAUGAAGAUUUGACAGAUCAAAAGAUGGAACAAUGGUACCGUCAACGAAUGAGCAAGCAACAGCUGGAAAGAAAACCAGCCAGAUCACUUAACCUUACACGACUUGUCCAAUACAAUCAAUCACAGGGCCUGUAUUUAACAGUAGAGCAAGCUUUUGGUUUGCYAUUCCCUUCCUUUGUCAAUGCCUUGGUGUAUGUAAGCCUAGGCCCUGAYGCAAGGUCUCAAGGAAAAACAUCAGAGGGUCAUGGUGGAGAUGAAAGCACAUUAUUUGAUAAAAGAGACUUUGAUAGUUUACUAAAGUCACCAAGGUGGAUUGAUAAACCCAAGGCAUUUCAUCCUCAUUUGGAUGCUUGUAAUUCACUUGUAAUUCAGCUGUAUGGCUUGGAUGCUGUCUAUGAGCCAAGACCAGACAGACAAACACUCGGAACAGUGACAGUCAAAAGGGGAACAACAAUGAACCUAGUGCCUCAAGGCUGGACUGUGUUGAAGUUAUUUGACAAGAAAUGUGUUAAUGCAGGAGUUCAUCAUCUCCCRUUGUUUGAAGGAAAACCUUCAUCAUCAUUUAUGGAAUUCCUGUUAUCUCAUCCUGGCGAUAUUGCUUUACGUGAAGCACUAAGACAAGACAUUCAUCAACUACAGGGAUCAUCAAGUAUUCAAGUGCGUAUUUGGGAUGGUCAUUUUCAUCAUGGUGAUUAUCUGACUUUACCAAUUAAGCAAGAUCUCCUCAGUCUUGGGAAUGAAUCCAAGAUCAGGAAAACAAUGCAGGGUGGAUCWGGUAAAAAACACUCCGAUAUCAUCUUACAGUGUUUGACUAAGCAGGAACGUAAACUGGGCAUUAGUGGACCYCCUUAUAGUCAAGAAAAAGAACAMUAUGARGAAGCUAUGAAUCAGACAUUUAAUGGUUUGAUGGAAAAUGUUCUGCUUGACAUGGGCCUUGGACCUUCAUCAAAUAGUUGAUGACAGCCAUAUAUUGUCCAUCAACUUGUGUCAGUAGCAAGUCAUGCCAUAUUCAAGACAUUGAAUUGAUGAUGAAUGGUUUGAUCGA